UCUCCUCCCUAUAGAAGAAGUCCAUUGUCAUUCUGUGAGAAUUAGACAGCGAAGAAGAAGAAGCGCAGAGCCAGAAGCCCAAUAAUAGCAUUUCAAUUCCUUCGUAUUUAGCAUAUUCGUUCUGUGUGGUGAUUCUCUCUUUCUUAAGGGUGGAGAUGAAAAAGGAAUUCAAUGAGAUUCUCGAUGAGGGGACGGACCAUUGUCAUCGGCAGCGGAAGCCGCGGCUGCAGGAUAAAAGGAGGAAGAUGAAGGUACGGUUGGCGAAUAAGGGUCUCGGUUACGGAGAGGCGAUGAUGAGUGCGGAACGAUGCUUCUCGUGCACAACCUUUAAUAUCCUCGCGCCUAUUUACAAACGGCUAGACAAGGAGGACCAGAGUUGUAGGGAGAGCCAGUACAGGGCGUAUUGGUUGAACAGGAACCAGAGCAUAAUUGAUCGGCUGCUGGAGGAAAGGUCCUCCAUCAUUUGCCUUCAGGAGGUCUGGUUAGGGAACGAUGAACUUGUUGAAAUGUACGAGAACAGGCUGGGAGAUGCUGGUUACAUGAGUGUCAAACUUGCCCGCACAAAUAAUCGUGGAGAUGGUCUACUUACUGCCAUACGUAGAGAUUGCUUUAGAGUUCUUAACUAUCGGGAGAUGCUCUUCAAUGACUUUGGAGAUCGAGUCGCUCAGCUUUUACAUGUCGAAUCAGUUGUUCCUUUAUGGCAAAGUAGAAAUUUUAACAUCCCACAAGAAAUUAUCAUUGUGAAUACCCACUUAUUGUUUCCACAUGAUUACACGCUGUGCAUAGUUCGUUUGCAUCAGGUUUGCAAGAUUCUUCAAUUCGUGGAAUCUUAUCAGAAAGAACAUAUGCUUAACCCUCUGCCAGUCAUACUCUGUGGAGACUGGAAUGGAAGUAAGCGGGGUCAUGUUUACAAGUUCCUUAGGUCUCAAGGCUUUGUGUCCUCAUAUGAUGUGGCUCAUCAAUAUACUGAUAGCGAAGCAGAUGCCCAUAAGUGGGUUAGUCAUCGAAAUCAUCGUGGGAAUAUCUGUGGGGUUGACUUCAUCUGGCUUUUGAAUCCUACUAAGCACAAGAAGCCCCUGAAGACUAGCUGGAAUGAAGCAGUAUUUGGGAUCAUGAAGUUUCUACUUCUUCGCCAAGCUUCUCUUACAGAGGAUAAUGCUUUUGCUUUUCUUAAAGCAGACAGUCCUGGAGACUGUAUUACCUUUGCUGGUUUUUGUCAAGCACUGUGUCAGUUGGGCCUUACUGGCCAUCCAAAUGGUCUUAGUGCUGCUGAGGUUGAUGAUUUGUGGAUCCAAGCUGACAUAGAUGGAGAUGGCGUUGUGAACUACGCAGAAUUUGUGCAACGGAUAUGGAAUCUGGCUUGUUCAGAGAAUUCCGAGCAAGCAGUCAAUGAAGAGAGUGAGAGCACCAAUGGCAGGGGCCAUGAUAGCCAGAACUUUGGAUUUGAUGUGAAGAAUGCAGCUCUAUUUCCACCAGAAAUGGAGAAAGGAAUGUGGCCGGAGAACUACUCCCUUUCAGAUCAUGCUCCUCUGACUGUGGUGUUUUCCCCUGUGAGAAUGUUUUGCUCUCAAUCUGUUUGCUGAGCUGAAUUCUCUUUUUAUUAAUAGCUUACAAACCCUAGAUUGGCAAGUUUGUAGAGAAAAAUUUUCUGCACUGUACAAAGAUGCAGGAGCAGAUGUGAAUAGAGUAUAAACUUUAAGAGUUUUUUUUUUUUUUUUUCCUUUAACCGUUGGUGAUUUGGCGGGUUGCAGGUUGAAUAACAUGUAAAGUAAUGUACUGCCUCGCUAUGAAAGAUUGAAAGGCAUGGUAACUCUCUUCGAAAAUGGCUUUUUUUAUAUCUCUUUUCUAUUAUGGUAUUACUUGUAUUUGUAUGAAGAUGUUGAGUCGCUAUUAGUAGUCAUUAUAGUUUUGAAUUCA